AUGCGUUCUCCUUCAGAUGGCGGAAGUGUCAGGUGGUAUGAACCUAUUCCGGUUAAAACAUUAUCGGAUUCAGCUGAAGUGCUCCCCCCUGUCAUUGUAUCGGCUAAUGAAGGGGAACCAACCACACUGAACUGGAAUUACAGUUUGACGUUAGGUCUAGCUUUUGGUAACCUAAAAUUCAACAAUGAUGGCAUUGUGACUGCUGCUGACGAUAAAGCUAAUGGAGAAUUUAGCUGCAGUUUAAUCGAUGGUUAUUCUCAUACUUGGAAAAGAGCAAUUCAAGUGCAAGUCCUAGUUUCAGCAAAAAUCACAGGAAUUAAAGGUGUACAGACUGUUCAUGAAGGCAGCAACUUGCAGUUAACUUGUGAAGCCUCGGGGAGACCAGAACCAAACAUCAGCUGGGUGAAACAGAUGGCAGGGAACCAAGGAAAUACUGGUGUGCAGCAAGAAGGAAAGGUGCUGACCAUAACAAAAAUCAGCAGGACUGAUUCAGGAACAUUCAACUGUACAGCUUACAAUGGUUUUGGUGAACCAGACAGCCAAGCAGUUCAUGUGAAUGUUACUUAUCCAGCCACAAUUGCUAAUAAAUUUCAAACUGAGUAUCUCGUUGGUGUACAGCAAAGUGUAACUCUUACCUGUGAAGCAGAAGGAAACCCUAAACCUGUACACUCCUGGAUUCCAUGUAAUACAGAACAAGUUUGUGACAAGAAUACUCUUGCUAUUUCACAAGUGCUUAACGAUGCCAGCUAUACUUGCAGGGCAGUCAAUGUACAUGGACCUGAUAUGAAAACAGCCAUUGUUUAUAUUGCAGGAAAUGUGAUUAACAUAACCAUUGUCAUCACAAGUGAAAACUGCACGGACGAAAAAUACAACACUGAAUCCUUGCUACUAAGGAAAUUGGAAGAAGAGCUCAAAAGGGCAUUUGCUGGUAAACUUGAUUAUGAAAGAGUGCAGUCAAUGAGUGUAAGGUGUGGAAGUAUAAUAGUUGACCUUGCACUGAAAUUCAACUCCACUACAAAGGAACAAGAUGUUAUCAUAACACUUAAUGACGCGGUCAAAAAUGGCAAGUUGGGAGACUUCGGUGUUGGUGCUUUAAAAGGAAAGAGGCCUGAUGUGGAACCAUCCAGUGGAGGUGCCUCUGAUGUGGAAUCAUCAGGUGGAGUUGCCACAUCACCACCUGAGGGGCCCUCUGGUGGUAAGUCUUCAUAAUACUUCAUUUAAAAGUUUUGCAAGUUGAUGAAUGAAUGCCCUUGCCCUGUGCUUGGUUGGAAG